GCAAAGUUCCUGUAUGACUAGGCCCCCAUUGUCACACUGUGAUGUCAGGUGUUUGCAUUGAGAUCAGUCCUGUGGUAAAUAAGACAAUCAACAAGUUUGUCUCCUGAGUAAUAUCACGUUCUAGCUAAAGUGGGAAAGACCGAAUGAUAUAUUGGAGGUAAAUGAGAAUAGCUUCCUGUUCCUCGCUUAGUGGACGAGAGAGAGCAUCCAUUUGAUGUGGAAAACAAUAAUGGCAACCUACUAUUAGAGAGGUUUUAUCUAUUUUUAAUAAUGAGUAGUGUUUUGCUUGGUUUGUAUAAUUAAAUUUAAUAGACUUGAACAUGUACCUCAUAUCAGGGCCUUUAUGUCCCUUUAUGUCUGAACAGUCAGGGUUCGCUUUAAGAACAGUAUGAAAAAGUUAAGUAUUUGUAAAUAGCUGACGGUAAACCUCUUUGUCAAUCUGAACAGUAAAAGUCUUUUCAAAAGUACUCAUCCUUGGCCCUGAAGAAAACACUCCAAAGCCUGGUUGUGCUCUUUUUAAAUGUUUUGGAUGAAAACUUUGGAUGUGGCAGUGAUGGGCACUUCUGUUUUUGGAGGAGCAUAUGUUGAUUUUUAUGUGUUUUUCUGUGAUUUGUUUAGAAUCUUUAUUAUCCUAUUUUAUCCAGUCAAUAUAUGGACAGUUCCUUGAAGAAUUAAAAAUGUCACGAAGAAUCAGUCCACUGCAAGACUCCAUACAUCAUGUGAUCACAAAGACUGACAAGACAUCAAAGCUAGAGGUGAAGUACAUCAAUCCCUUGAAAGGACGAGGUGUCUUCUCCUUAGCUCAAUUUUCCAAACGUGAUUUUGUGGUUGAGUACAGGGGGGAUAGGAUUGAUUUUUAUGAAGCUCAACGAAGAAGAAGACUCUAUCACAGUCUUUGUACUGUGUUCAUGUUUGACUUCAAAUGGAAGGGGAAAAUGUGGUGUAUUGAUGCUGCCAAAGAAGAUGGAUCAUUUGGGAGGUUGGUUAACGAUGACCACAAGCACCCAAAUUGCAGAAUGAAGAUGAUUGAAGUAGAUGGAAGGCCACAUCUCUGCCUGUUUGCCAUAGAGGACAUAAAAGAGGGAGAUGAAAUCACCUACGAUUAUGGAGGAGGUGACUGGCCAUGGCGAAAGAAGGUUAGGGAGGACACAGUUUCCAAGAGUAACAUCAAAGAGAGUCAGCCACCAUCCCUGUCAGAACCUGUUCUGUCUACUUGUUCCUCAGCAAGUGAUCAGGUUAGGGAGGACACAGUUUCCAGGAGUAACAUCAAAGAGAGUCAGCCACCAUCCCUGUCAGAACCUGUUCUUUCUACUUGUUCCUCAGCAAGUGAUCAGGUUAGGGAGGACACAGUUUCCAGGAGUAACAUCAAAGAGAGUCAGCCACCAUCCCUGUCAGAACCUGUUCUUUCUACUUGUUCCUCAGCAAGUGAUCAGGUUAGGGAGGACACAGUUUCCAGGAGUAACAUCAAAGAGAGUCAGCCACCAUCCCUGUCAGAACCUGUUCUUUCUACUUGUUCCUCAGCAAGUGAUCAGAGAACUGGAAAGAACACAAUAUCAGAAAACAGUGCUCAAGAGAACGAUCAGCUGUUGCAAUCAGGACCCGUUCUGUCUGCUUGUUCCUCAGCAAGUGAUCAACAGAGGACCAAGAAGGACACAAUUUCAGAGAUCAGUGCUCAAGAGAACUGUCUGCCAUUGCAGUCCAGACCUGCUCUGUCUGCAUGUUCCUCAGCAAGUGAUAAGAUGAGAAAUUCCAAUCCUGAGAAGACUGCAUGGGUCACCCCUAUGUCUCGUCAGUCAGAGCCUCUGAAGGAUCACAGCAACAACAGCAGUUCUGGGCAGAGUUCUUCGUCUGGAAAUACUGAUGACGAGCAUGCAUGUGUACCUAAAUUAAGAAGGACUAGAAGUAUUCUAAUGAGAGGGUUUGUUCCUGAAGAUUCAGAUGAGCUAUUUGAUUCUACUUCAGACAGUGGAGAGGAGUACGUCCCUGACUCUAGAGAUGAAAGGAACGAAAGUAGUUCAGAGAGUAGUACCUCCCGUAAACCAGUGAAAUGGAGCUGUCUGUCUUCUGUGGAUGAAGCUACCCCCUCUAAUCUUGUCCCUCAUAGCACAUCUUCAGGUGUCAUGGGUGUUACAGAGAGAAGCAACCUUGAAGUUAUGGAUCUAAAUAAAAGUUCUGAAGUGAUAGAGAGUGAUGGAGUCUGCAGCAGUUCUGAGCUUGUGCAAGAAGAAGGGGCAGUAGUAGUCAAUGCAGUCAGAAGAAAACGUGAUGGUCGUAGAGCAUAUGACAAGAAACAUUACUGUCUGUUUUGUUUGAAACCUUUUAGCAAGAUGGCAAGACAUCUGCAGUAUGUCCAUUCCAGUGAAAGAGAAGUGGCUAUAGCAUGCAGUUUCCCAAAGGGUUCUAAACAGAGAAAAAUGCAAUUGGAUAAUUUACGACAUAGAGGGAACUUUGUCCAUAAUGCUUCUGUAAUUAAAACAGGCAAGGGUGAACUGAUUCCAUGCAAACGACCACCGAAGAAAGCCCAAGGCACUGACUUUAUGCAUUGUGCAUAUUGCCAAGGGUUAUUUACCAGGAAUGUUCUUUGGCGACACAUGAAGGUCUGUAAACUAGGCCCUGAAGGUUUUACUCCAAAACCUGGGAAGAACCGUGUCCAGUCUCUCUGUGCAUUUGCACAGCCUGUACCUUCACACAUAAGCAAAGCACUGUGGAAGGCUUUAAGCCUCAUGCAUGCAGAUGAAAUCACAGCUGCUGUCAAAAAUGAUAGCUGCAUCAUUCAGUUGGGGGAACAUUUGUUGAACAAAGGUGGAUCAACUGCAAAACAUGAAGCAUGCGUACGACAGAAGUUGCGAGAACUAGGAAAACUACUUAUCACUGGCAGAAACGUUGCAUCUCUAAAGACAAUGGAAGAUUUUAUACAUCCUCAAAACUACAUGAAGAUGGUUCAAGCUGUCAGACAUACAUGUGGAUAUGAUAGUGAAGCCAACACAUACAAAACUCCUUCUCUAGCAAAAAAACUUGGAAUAAGCCUGAUGAAGCUCAGCAAACUCAUGAAAGCUAAAGCUUUGAUUGCGAAAGACCACUGCUUGGCACAGAAUUUCAGUAACUUCCAAGAAAUACAUAAAGAACGGUGGUGUGAACUGAUCUCUGCAACAGCAGCACGAAAUCUUGAGGAGUCAAAGUGGAAUGCCCCCACAGUGUUGCCUUUUACAGAAGAUGUGCAAAAACUUCAUGCAUUUCUCAAUAAAAUGCAAGAGGAGUUGAUCAAGCAGUUAUCAGCGGAGCCCACAUCAAAAUACUGGUCUGAGCUUGCAAAGGUCGCUUUGACUCAAAUCAUCCUCUUUAACCGUCGUAGAGAGGGAGAGGUAUCGUGUAUGCUCCUGUCUGCUUUCUUAUCCAGGGACAGCAGUGAUCCACAUGAUGAUAUAGAUUGGGCCCUCUCUGAAGUUGAGAAAAAACUCUGCAGGCACUUUUCCAGAAUUGUGAUCAGAGGAAAAAGAGGACGUCCAGUUCCCAUUCUGCUGACCCCUAAAAUGCUGAAUGCAGUAGAGUUGCUUGUGAAGAACAGGGAGACUUGUGGAGUGCUGAAAGACAAUGUUUAUCUCUUUGCCCGGCCAUCAGCAAUGUCACAUUACAGAGGAUCAGAUUGUAUCCGCAGCUUUGCGAAGUCUUGUAAUGCAAAUAGUCCUGAUGCACUGACAUCCACAAAACUGCGAAAACAUGCUGCCACUCUUUCUACAGUUCUAAACUUGAAGGACACAGACAUGGAUCAGUUAGCAAACUUCCUGGGACAUGACAUCAGAAUUCAUAGGGAGUACUAUCGCCUUCCUGAAAAGACCCUCCAACUUGCAAAAGUCAGCAAAGUUCUUAUGGCAUUAGAACAAGGGAGACUUGCGGACUUCAAGGGCAAGAAUUUGGAUGAGAUCAAUAUUGACCCAAAUGAGGAGAUGGAGCUAAUUGAUGAUGAUGAAGGAAGAAGUGAGGUAGAGGAUGAAACAUAUGAAGAACUUGGAGAAGCAAUGCAAGAGGAGUCACCAGAAGCAACACAAGUACCACCACUUGACACUGCACUUAUUUCCCUACCAGAGAGGAAGAAAUCACUGAAGAUACCUUCUGUUAAAGGUAAAACACGUGUACCGAAAAGAAGAAAAGCUUGGGAAGUGACCGAGAUCCAGGCCGUGGAAAGACACCUGAAAAACUUUAUCACUUCAUGCCGUGUCCCAGGGAAGCUACCUUGCGAACAGUGCAUAAGAGCUGAGCCUUCAGCGCUUAAAAACAGAGAUUGGCAGAGUGUCAAAUUCUAUGUUCACAAUCGCAUUGUGGCUUACAAGAAAGAUUUGAGCCACAAUGUGUAAUUUUUUUUUUGUUUAUUUCAUUUGAAAAACAUGUAAAUACACUGA